UUCCCUAUCAGCUGAUGCCUUUUUUGCCAUUGCGUGAAAAAUGUACGUGUCCCUGGAAGGGUGUGGCAUCCUGGUACAUUUCAUAGCUGCUUCAAAGAGGAAGAAAAGACGCUCCGAGUUCCUGAUUACAAGAACAGAGACGAUAUCCUCAGGUUGUAUUUUAACGUUCUAAGACUCUUGCUUAUCACCUGAUAAAGCAAAACAAAAAGAUAUGUGGCCAAAUCAAGGUCCUCCUCCACCUCAUCCUCCUUAUUCAAUGGGUCCACAAAAUCCUGCUUUCCCUCCUGGCUACACUGCCCCAUAUUCAACAACCCCUGGACCUAGUAUCUACCCACAGGGUCCACCUCCUGCAUACCAAGGAAACCCUGGUUAUCCUGCAUGCCAGUAUCCAUCAGGCCACUACCCAGCUCCCAUGAACCCAGCCAUGAUUCCACAUGGACCUCCAGGGGUGAUGCCUCAUGGGCCUCCUGCAUAUCCCAUGUAUCCUGCAGGACAUCAAUUGCAUCCCAGAGGUGUCCUUCCAGGUCCAUUAUACUACUCCCCAAAAGGUUUCGGUCACAAGCCCUAUAAAGGUUAUAAUCAUCACCAUCACCCUGAUGGAUUUAACUCUGUGGGUGGAAUAUUAUCAGGAGGAAUGGCUGUAGGAAUGGGCAUAUUAGGACACAAAGCAAAUAAGAAAAUGAGGAAAAAGAUGAAGAAGGCUCACAAAUAUCACAAGCAUGGCCACUACAAAUGUGGCAAGUCCUCCAGCAGCAGCAGCAGUAGCGAUUCAGAUUGAGGACCCCAGCAUCUUCUGAAAACUUUUUUUUUCUGCCAUGCAUGUAAAUCAUUGAACAAAAAACAAAAUAAGUCUGUUUAAACUAUACUUGUAAAUUAUGUCAUAACGUCACUUUAGAUGACAUCUUUAACAUUAGUGUCAUACAAAAUAUAUGCACCUAAGUUAUUUCAGUUCUUUUUUAUUAUUAUUUUAUGGUCAAAGUUUUGCAGUUUGGGAUUUGUUGUUGCUGGUUUGCUAUUGUUUGUGGUCAGUCUAAAUACAAACUCAGAAAUUAAGGAUAAAGUUGUUUUAUUUUGUUUAAAUAUGUAAAUAAGUACAAUCGAUUUGUUAUUGCAGUUCUCGAAAACAAGUAGCAAAACACUGUUUUCACCUGUUGAAGUGUCCAGCUCAUACCCACUAAGCUGCAUUGCAUUUUGUCACGUUACAAUAAAAAAAUUCAAUUUAUUAUUUUUUUUUGUAAAUAACUGUGAUAAAUCAUCAAAGUACUGGAUACAUGUAGAUUUUAAUAAAAAUUUGAACUAGAAAA